CUAGCUCGAUGUGUCGCAGGACGGCCACCGCCUGCAGCUUGCUCGUCGUUGCCGCCGUCCUCCUGAACCUGCCCAUGCUCGACUCAUCCGCCGUCUCCGCGCAUCGCCUGUCGCGUCAUGCUCCGGUGAUGCUGCUAGGUGGCGACGCGGUUGCUGCCGCUUGGGAGCGCGGCGGCCGGAGCCGGGUGCGUGAAGGGAGGGAGCUACCUGCGAGGCGCUUGGGGAAGAGGGCGCCGGUGGUGAAGCCUCCGUCGCCGAAACCCCAGGGCAUGACGGGGAUGGCGAUGCCUCUGCCGCCGCCGCCUUCGUCGGAAUAG